AUGACGUCGACGACUCGUUUGCAAGCCGCCGAAGUUAAGGCGCUUUAUGCCCGCUUUCGGCGGCUGGCACCGUCAGGCUAUUUGCUUCAGCAGCAGUUUCAACAAACCAUGGGCGUCAUGGGACUCACAGACGACCAUUUUCUCGUCGAUCGGAUGUUCCAGGUGUUCGACACUGAUCACGACGGCAAGCUGAGUUUUAUAGAGUUUGCCUCUGCGCUUGCCAUUAUGAUCCGUGGCACCGAGGAUGAGAAGCUCGCGUUCAGCUUCAAGAUCGUGGGCGGCAAAGAGGCAUCCGGCGUGCGGCUGGAGGACUUCCAACAACUGGUGGCGUCCUACAACCGGAUGAUGUCAUCACUCGUGGCACCGACCGGGCGGCUGACGUCCGAUGAGGAUGUGAAGCGCUUGUUUCACGAGCUCGCAUCGACCCGAGAUGAAACCGAGGAGGAAGUCAUCAGCUUGGAUGCGUACAAGGCGGCUGCACAGGAGAAUGGCGACUUCCUGUCAUGCCUUGGGCUUGAGCCUAUGGGUGGCCGAGCUGUGGCCAAGAAGCCACAGAAGCCAGCUCCAGUUCCCGAGGCACAGGAUCUGGAUGCGCCAGCUUCGGCGGUCGAAAGCGCGUUUCGUCGCCGCAGCUUAGAUUGCCACCCGGACAAGCGGCCGGGCGACCCCACAGCCAAAGCAAAGUUCGAGGCAUUGGCCGCUGCGAAGGAGACACUCCUUGAUCCAGACAAGAGAGCUGCUGCAAUCUCGGAGGUGAAGCUCUCGCAGGGGCAGGCUUUCCUGCGACCGCGUCGUGCUGCAGGUCCUCCUCGAGCUGGAGCUGCAGCCAAGAAACCAGCGGCUCCGCCCGCAGCAGCGAAGCCAGAUCCUCCGGCAAAGUCCGGGUUCGUUCCGCCAUCUCAGCGUGAGGAGCCAACACCCAGAGCUUCGGUACCCGACCCAGAGAAGGCUGCUGCAGGGAUCUUUUUCAGACAUCUCGAGCGGCAGCGCGAGAAGAAGGAGCCACGACGAGAUUUUCUUCUCCCCCACGGGCCAUUCCUCAAAACAGUUGGGGAGGCCAGGGCGACAAAGAAGCGUCCUGUUCAGCGUGCCGCGAGGGAGUCGGCUCCAAAGGACCGGUCUGGGCUCCGUGACGGCGCGGGCAUCUCCGGCAAGGUUAAGCGACUUGCUGAAGCGGUGCACGUACAGCCCGCUCCGCCGUGGGUUGGCGGAGGUGAAGGAGCCCAAAGUCAUAGGGUGCCGGUCAUUGCACCUACACAGGAGGUGCCGGAACCUGCGCCUUCACCACCGGAGUGCAGAAAGGAUGAUGCAACAAGCACCCCGACCUGCCCUCGAGCCGCUCCAGCACCACAAGGCAAGAAGAAGAAGGACAUCCCUGCAGCACGCUGCCUUCCGUUGCCUCUGCUCCUGCCAGCAACGGCAGACAUUGGGGCACUGACCACAGCCGUCGGGCGGGCGACUGGCGCCAAAGCCUCCGAUGCCGGAGUGCUCGCACGGGUCGUGUCAGUCCUUCGCAGAUCUGGUGGCGAGGCAUCCCUCGCGUCGCUAACGCAAAAUCCGAAGCGACUGAAACGGAUCUUGUCUCGGUACCCUCGGCUCAUCGAUGUGUAUUUUCCCGGCAAGUUCAAUGCCACUCAGACUUUGGAGGUCCAUGCUCGGCUACGGGGAGCGGAGCUACAGAGGGCGAAAGAGGAAGAGCAAGAACGACUACGGAAGUCUGAGCGCUGGCAAACCAUGGAGGCCGAGCCCAUCAAUCCUUUCGCACCUUCGGCGGGUCGAUUCCAACCAGGAGCCCGUUUGGCUCUGAAGAUGCGCCUCGCCAGGACCAGGCCGCUGGGCCAGCCUGUGCGACGGACUGGCAAAAAACAGCCACGCGUCGUUGACGUGGAUUCCUCCGACGAGGGCUCGUGCCUGGUCAUGCCGCCACCACCUCCAAGUGCGCAACCGGGCUCGCGACCGGGCUCUGGCGGCGAGCAACAGGACACUGGUUUGACUUGUGCAGAGGCGAAUGCGAGUGACAAUGCGCUUCUGCAUGCGUACGCUCAUGCAGUGGGAAAAUGGAAGGCUUCGAUUGACUCGGUGGGGUCUGCUGUGCGACGCUACUUCCUGCUUCUUCCUGCCGGUGGUUUGGGGCUACUGCGGCCGGGACACCCUUCCUUGCUGUACUCCUUCGACGUUGCAUCGAAGGUGUUGUAUGAGUAUGUCCCGGCAGAAGAGCGAUGUGUGGUCAUGUGGUCUCCAUCUUGUCCUGAAGUGAACGCCGCUCUUUGGACUGUUUUGCCUCUGCCACCGGAAGCGCCCGCUCAAGAGGCGCCUUCGACACCCGAGGCGCCCCCGGAGGAGGAGGAGGACUCUGACAGCGACGAUGUGGACAUCGACCGCUUGAUAUGCGAUGCUGCUGCUGAAGCUGGGGUUCAACUGAAUGGAGAGCCUUGCAGUGAAAGCGCAUCGUUCGACGUGGAAAACGAUUCGCGCUGGCUACUGAGCAGAGGAGUCUUUGUUGUCACAGUUUUCACCCCCCCCUCUAAGAAGUGGCAAGUCUCUGCGGGCUUGGUGGCUUGUGGCAGGAAAAGUUUCCUGGGGAGGUUGCCAGCUGAUCCGCCGUCACCGGUGCCGGAAGAACCGGCACAGGAAGACAGCUACCCCUGGUGGAUGCCCACUUGUGGCUGCACGCCCAUGACAAGACUAACGCAGUUGCCUUGCGAGGCACGGGGUGAGAUCCUCGACUGUGAGCCCGCAGCACCAACGGCAGCCAUGGCAGCCACAAGCGAAGCUCACACUGGCCUGGCAGAUUUCUCCGAUGCGCAGGAGGAUCUCUAUCAUGAGGUCAAUGCCCUGAUGCGGCUGUGCGCCAAGUGGACAGACUCGGAUCGUGGACUCCAUGUGGAAUCCGUUGCGCCAGAUCCCUUCAUGCCUCAAGUGCUCCAAGAAGAGCUCAGGACCUACAGUCGACAAAGGCAUUUCUCAAGAGAUGUAUCUCGAGAGUCAGAGGACAGCAGGGCCUUUGCCAACCAGAUGCCGCAAUCGCCACAGAAGACCUCGAAGAAAUCUGCGGGAGUCCAUGUGGCUGUCACUGCUGCAUCUCGGGAGAGCGAUGGUCAGGGACCUGCCAUCCAGGGAGGACGACAUCGAGCGCUCAGUGUUUCUUCGAGCCGUCAGCGCAGGCAUCAUCGGCUAUUGGGGCCGAAGAAGGGCCUUGCUGUGCACUUCGGCCACGAAAACUGGAACAUGGUGCUCAGCAUGAUGAUUGGCAUCCGAAUGUCUGUGGGACGUUCCGGGCAAGAGCUGCACAGAGAGCUGCAGCCUGUGGACUUUAUCAUGAAG